AGAGAAAAUAUACAAGAUGGCGUCGGAUCGUGCAGACUCAGUUUUAGAAUCUCACAGAACGUCUCUUUUAGAGUUAAUUGAAGACAGAAAUAAAGCUCUAAAUAAGAAAAAUCUUCUGCAUCGUAUGGUUUAUAUUGCAAGUCUGAGAAAUGAGGAAGCAGAUUCAGAUCAAAUAGCUAAUUAUCAUGAAAAUUUGAAGAAGAACUUAGAGAGUGCACAACAGUACUCAGAACAUGUUUCAAUAACAGGACUUCUCCUUGUAUAUACCAAACACAUUGUUCAUAUUGUUGAGACAACAACAGAGAUGUUAAGAGAAGUAAUCAAAGACAGUAAAAAGAAUAUGGAAUCCAGUAAUGGUAUUUUUUCACAAGUGAAAAUUCUUGUCGUAUCACAUGACAUUCCAGAGCGACUCUACCAGAAUUGGAUGUUUAAAACACUUGAAAUACAGUCUGCUAGACUUGACUCUUAUGACAGUUCAGAAUCUACAGAUAAGAUUGUGUUAGAUUGUCUCAUACAACUACUCAAACUAGGAAACCAUGUAGCUAAAAUCCCCAAAGGAAAUUUCAAGAAUUCAUUUGACCAGUUGCAUUCUAAAGUUCCAGAUUUACUUCCACAGCAAGCAAUGCUACACUUCUUACUGGAGGAAGAUGACUGUUCUAUGAUGACAGUAAAAGAAUAUUUGAACAUGUAUGAACAACCAUAUGAUGUUGUAUUAGAUAGUGUGAUUGAAGGACAUGAAGUGCCAUACUGAACCCACAAUAUUGUAUAUAACUAGUGUGGCCACUUCCAACAAGACUGUUCCCAUACAACUAACAUAAAAUUGAAAAUGUUCAUCAUGAAUCUGUGAUAAUGCUGCCGUCCAGUCAUAGAAAUCUUUGUAAACUUUAUUCAAAGUGACGAUAAAUAGAUGAUAAACUUCUAAAUUAAAAACUUGUUAUUCUAUAGAAUGCAGUUUUUGGAAUCAUUAAUGUGUUAAGUGUUUGGAACAAAAGAAACUUGUCAAAAUGACAUGAAGUAUUCAUCAGUUUCUCUGUUUUGACAGGAUUACUUUGAUAUGAAAAAAUACCACAAUUUAUGCACUCAUUUCAUACUACAGGCAAGACGUUUUACCUUUAUAAAGUGUAAUAUUUAUUGAGAAAGAAGUACCAAUUUGAAAGUAAUUUCUUCUUUGCUCUUCAUCCUAUAAUGUAUAAACUCAUUUGUAGGAUUAACUAAUAAGUUGGUAGGCUUUUUCAGCUCAAAAUUCCACAAUUCAGUUCUGACCUUCUAUAAGUUGGUAUUUUAAAGAAUGAUUCCUUCUCUGCACUUAAUUGUAUAAGUUAAGCAUAUUUAAUGUUGUUAAAGGGAUACCUUUGUAUUUGUAUACAUAUUUUUUUUAAAAUAAAACACUUUAUUUCAUGA